CCAAUGAAAACGACCGACGCCAGACACUGGGACCGCGCCGGGGCGGAGAAGACGAUGGAGAAUUUCUCGGCUCUGUUUGGAGCUCAGGCCGACCCACCACCACCCCCAACCGCACUCGGCUUCGGACCAGGAAAGCCUCCACCUCCGCCUCCCCCUCCUCCGGGCGGGGGCCCCGGCACGGCUCAGCCACCCACCGCGGCCACGGCCCCUCCGGGCGCCGACAAGUCGGCUGCUGGUUGUGGUCCCUUCUACCUUAUGCGGGAACUUCCAGGUAGCACCGAGCUGACAGGCAGCACCAAUCUGAUCACACACUACAACCUGGAACAUUCCUAUAAUAAAUUCUGUGGGAAGAAGGUGAAGGAGAAGCUAAGUAACUUCCUGCCUGACCUGCCAGGGAUGAUUGAUCUGCCUGGUUCCCAUGAUAACAGCAGCCUCCGCUCCCUCAUUGAGAAACCCCCUAUUCUUGGUGGCUCUUUUAAUCCUAUCACAGGGACCAUGCUGGCUGGCUUCCGCCUCCACACUGGCCCGUUACCAGAGCAGUGUCGUCUGAUGCAUAUUCAGCCUCCCAAGAAGAAGAACAAGCACAAGCACAAACAGAGCCGCACCCAGGAUCCUGUCCCCCCAGAAACCCCAUCUGAUUCGGAUCACAAGAAGAAGAAAAAGAAAAAAGAGGAGGAUCCUGAACGGAAAAGGAAGAAGAAAGAGAAGAAGAAAAAGAAGAACCGACACAGUCCAGACCACCCAGGCGUGGGCAGCUCUCAGGCCAGCAGCAGCAGCAGCCUCCGCUAACAGGACUCUCCUGGAAUGGCUUUCCUUGCUGUAUUGAGCCUGCUGACAGAAGCUGCCUUCCAGGCUCAGACACUGCCGUGGGAGCAUCCCCUGCAACCGGGACAGAAGCCAGCUCCCACUGUGCUGGGCUAAGAUUAAUGCAUUAUAUGUGAGAAGGGCCAUGCUUUUGUAAGGCUCAGCCCAGUUGCCUUUCUCACGGACAGCUCUUCCUCUCCCAGGAAGCUUUCUUUUCAUCUCUUGUGCAAUUGGUCUGAUGGAGGACAUUGUCUGAUCUGUUAGGGUUUUUCUUUAAAAAAAAAAAAAAAUUUGCAUUUAUCAAACUGGCUGAACUGUGGCUGCCUGUUAAGAGGUAAGUGCCUUUCUCUGAGAGUCAGGGUUUAAGCCAGGGCAUUCAAAGAUCUGAGGGGAAUUUGGGGUCUUAUGACAUUAUUAGCAGGCAGGGAGACCACCAAAAUGAGAUUGGGGAACAUGGUGCACAGGUGAGGCAGAGCUUGCUAAUACCUGUCCACAGGGGACACGUAACACUCUGCCCAUCAUGUUGAGAACCCAGCAGCUGGAUGAGGCCCCACCAGAGGAGCGGACCCAGUGAAGGCUCAUCUGUCUUCUAGGUCAGCUGUGCAUUGAAACAGAACAGCCAACUGAAAAAGCACCCACAAUCACCAGUGUAUUUUAAUAAGAUCGAUUCCUGGUGAAGCCUGUGAUUUUUUUUUUUAAUCUCUGGGAAGCAAAGGUAAAUGCUUCGCUUGUAUUUAUAGGAAUCCCUGACCUGCCUCAUUCCUUAGUUAAGACAAUGAAUUAGGCUGAUGUAAAAACAUUUCUAAACUUCUAAGACAGCCACAAAAAGGCAGAAUGUGAAAGAAAUUCCUUCAGUCUUUACAGCAGGCCAGGUAACUGGAAAUGUCCAUGGGAAAACCCAAGCUAUUGUAAUCUGAUUUUAAAUAAACGUGACACAGAGCAGUUAAAAUCUGUUGCUGUGAGCCAAGGUUAUUACUAGAUCAGUAGGUAGAAAACCAUUCACUGAGCUACAGUUUUAAUCCAGGAUUCCACAGUGUCUGUGCUUAAGUCACGGACAGUGAAAAUAAUGGGUUCUGGCCAGGUUCUGGAGAUUUAGCGUCUGAGGUGGCCUAUUUAAAAUCAGGGUGUAGCCUUUUUGCUUUGGAAACACAACAGAGACACAGUGAGCUAUCAUACUGAAUGCCAGCCAUAGCCAGGCAGCCUGCCUCUAACAGGCUUUCCUCCCCCGAUCAUCCACUGUCUCACCUCUCGGUACAUCCAAAGAGCUUUACUGUCCAAAGACACAUUUCUGUAUUAAAGAACUGUGGCAGCCAAGAGUUCGUUCUCUAAGCCUUGAAACGACAAGGAGCUUAGGUGGUCCCAAAAGGUUUCUUCUAGGAAUGUUUGAAUUAAAUCACCAAAAUAAAAACAGGCCCUGUAAGUGUUUAUUCCCACCACAGUCCUGCCUCAAGGUGGGCCAGGACCAGCGAAGCUGAGGAGGGUUUCUUUGCGACUUCCCACCAGAGAUCGUUCACCCUGCCUUACUUAACGAGACAAAAUAACACAAGUCAGGGGGAGCUGGUUAGAUCAGGAUUUCUUUUUAUUCCUUGUUGGUUUAAAAUGGCUAAUCAGAAUAAAAAAUAAAAGGGCCUCUGUUUAGAGGCUGGGGUCUCCCCUAUUUAGAGGUUAGAACCCAGGUACCCCCACUACCCAGCACCAUACUGAGGUGGGCUGAGGGGUAACCCCCAAAGGACAAUCGGAGGGGCCUAGGCCUGCCACUCCUUCUCUCUAUCCCGUUUUUGGCAUGUGAUGAAAAAUAUUGCUUUUUGGAUUCAUCUCUCCCGGCCUUGGAUUUAAAAAUGUUAACCGUGUAAGUUGGGGGAAGGCUCUGAGGGGACUAAAGAAGCCCACCCUAAUCCCUCUCCCCCAAGAAGGGGGAGGAGUGGAUUAUCCAAUAUUGUUUCUGGAGCUCAGCCAAGCUCUUUUCCUGAUCUCCCCACCACCACCAAAGUCAUGGGGCUAUGACCCCUUUCCUGGGGAAACUAAGUGCCAAUGAACCUAGAAAACUAACUCAACUCUCUCAAGUCCUUCCCUCCUCUGACCAAGACCCCAGACUCGCCUCUCUCAAGGUUUCUUUCCUGAUCACUACCCACCAACAGUAGUAGGGGGGUGUGGUUUCCUUAGUUGGUAACUGGGACAAAAGAGAGGGAACCACUGGAAAAGGAAGACUUCGAUGGAUGUCCCCGCUUCUUUCCUGCUGGUCUGAGGAACGGGAAGAGUAAGAUACCCCUCCUUCUACAUAUCCCUCCCUCAUUUUUCCAUCCCAGGAUAGAUAUAUAAUUUCUUUGAUAUUUAUAAUAUAUAUAUAUAUAUAUAUAUAUAUAUAUGUACACACACAC